UGGGCUGUAUAAUUCUCCCAGUGACCGCAAUAAAUCACCAAAGUUUCCUUACUCUCGGCGACGGAACCCGUCAUGUGGCAGUGAAAAUGAGUCUGGGCAGCCGGUCCGGAGGAGGAAAGCCCAAAACAGUGGUGAAGAUUCAGAUUUAAAGCAAAGGAGAAGAUCUCGGUCCCGUUGUAACACCAGCAGUGGCAGCGAAUCAGAAAAUUCUAACAGGGAGCACCGGAAGAAGAGAAACAGGUUACGGCAGGAGAACGACAUGGUUGACUCAGCCCCUCAGUGGGAAGCCGUGCUGCGGCGACAGAAGGAGAAGAACCAAGCGGAUCCCAACUACCGGCGAUCCAGGCACAGAUCUCGAUCGAGAAGCCCAGAUGUACAAGCUAAAGAACAACUGUGGAAACAUAUCCAGAAAGAACUUGUGGAUCCAUCUGGCCUGUCCGAGGAGCAAUUGAAAGAAAUUCCAUACACAAAAGUAGAGACUCAAGGUGACCCAAUUCGCAUUAGACAUUCACAUUCCCCUCGAAGCUACCGUCAGUAUCGGCGCUCCCAGUGCUCUGAUGGAGAAAGAUCUGUUCUGUCAGAAGUGAAUGCAAAAAGUGAUCUGGUGCCUCCAUUGCCUGUGACACGUUCCUCAGAUGCUAAAGGUCCCAUCAUCCAAUUGACUCAGCAGAGACGAAAUGGAUCUAAAGAGAGCCUAAUAGAAGAGAAAUCUCAGCUAUCCACUAAUAACCUUGAUGGAAAACCCACCAUUAAAACAAUAAAAACUGUACAGGUGUCACGCUUCAAAGUGGAGACUUGACUAC